AUGGGUAAGGUACAUAAAACUUAUCUUGCAGCGCUAAAUGCAAAGUCUGAGCCUAAAAGUUUCAGAGAAGCAAUGAAGUAUCCAGGAUGGAAGAAAGCAAUGGCAGAAGAAAUAAGAGCAUUGGAAGAACAAGGUACAUGGGAUUUGACAGAGUUACCGCCGGGUAAAAAGGCACUAGGCAGCAAGUGGAUCUAUACAGAAAAGUAUGAUGAGAACGGAAAGUUGGUACGAUUAAAAGCGAGACUUGUAAUCUUUGGAAAUCAUCAAGUUGAAGGAUUAGAUUACAAUGAAACGUUUGCACCAGUGGCGAACAUGACAACUGUUCGUAUGUUUCUGGCCGUUGCAGCGGCUAAAGAGUGA